AUGGACAUUACCUUGUCGCGUUAUCAGAACACAUCAGUCUUCGAAAGUAGCUCUUUGUCGUUAACGGAUGUUAAAUUCUUUCAAGAAAGACACUUGCUUUCUGCGUCUCACUUGUUAAACAAAAGAGCACGAAGAGCCCAGGUAUAUGCAAUUAGUUGUCAUUUUGUAGAACAGGGAUUACAUCCAAAACCCAAGCCAAAACCACUGAGUAAUGGUCAUGAUAUAUUAAAGAAAGAAACUCAUGUCCAAGAGUCGCGACAGAUGAAAGGUUCUAGUUCAGGACUCUGUGGCCAGAUCGAGAAGCUGGUUCUCUGUAAACGAUAUAGAGAUGCUCUUGAAAUGUUUGAGAUUUUGGAAAUUGAGUGCGAGUAUGAUGUCCAUGUUGGCAAGAGUACUUAUGAUGCGUUAGUGGAUGCUUGUAUCAGUUUGAAGUCAAUUAGAGGGGUUAAAAGAGUGUUUAAUUUUAUGAUUAACAGUGGGUUUGAGCCCGAUUUGUAUUUGAAAAACAGGAUGCUACUGAUGCAUGUCAAAUGUGGGAUGAUGAUUGAUGCCCGCAUGUUGUUUGACGAAAUGCCAGAGAGAAAUUUAGUUUCUUGGAACACAAUAAUUGCAGGGCUUGUGGACUCUCGAGAUUAUCUGGAAGCGUUUCAGUUGUUUCUAACAAUGUGGGAGGAACAAUCUGACGCCAGUUCACGUACUUUUGCCACCAUGAUGCGUGCAUCUGCAGGACUGGAAAUGAUUUUUCCAGGACAACAAUUACACGCUUGUGCUAUAAAACUGGGUGUAAGUCAAGAUAUCUUCGUAUCAUGUGCACUAAUCGACAUGUACAGCAAGUGUGGAAGCAUCGAGGACGCCCAAUGCGUGUUUGAUGAAAUGCCUGAGAAAACAACAGUGGGUUGGAAUACAAUCAUUGCAGGGUACGCCCUUCAUGGAUACAGUGAAGAAGCUUUAGAUCUCUACUACGAGAUGCAAGAUUCUGGUGUUAAAAUGGACCACUUCACUUUCUCAAUGAUAGUAAGAGUGUGUACACGAUUAGCUUCACUAGAACAUGCCAAACAAGCACACGCAGGCCUCAUCCGCAAUGGUUUUGGUCUAGACAUAGUUGCCAACACUGCACUUGUUGACUUCUACAGUAAAUGGGGAAGAAUCGAUGAUGCACGCAACGUGUUUGAUAAAAUGCCUCACAAGAAUGUUAUAUCAUGGAACGCGUUAAUUGCUGGAUAUGCUAUUCAGGUUUAUCAGAUCAAGGGUGGGACAUAUUUGACUCAAUGGGAACAGAUUUCAAGCUUGUAG